UCCCCAUCCCCCGUGCCAUUUCAAACCGCACCUCUUCUUCUCCCUCUUCUCCCUGUUGUCUUCGCCAUGGCGGCGUCGUCCGCCUUUUACCUCCGCGCUCCCGUCUUCUCCACACAACCUACAUCCUCUUCUUCAUCUUCUUUCCUCUUUCCCUUGCCCAUUCCACACUGCCGUGCCCUUCUCUUCCGCCGGCCGUCCUCCAGCUCAUACUCGCCGUCGUCUUCUUCUUCUUCGUUUUGUUCCAGAGUGUCCACUGUUCCUGUUGAGCAGGCGUCGGCGCCCGAGUUCGAUUUCGAUGAGGAGAUCGCCCGCCUGGACGCCCUCCGCUCUCGACUCCGGGGGCAGAGUAGUCUCCGUAAGCGUCUCUCCAUUAUUGAUGCCGAUUCUAGGGUUAGGAGUUUCUUUGGAGCUCGUAGAAGUUCGCUCUUGGAUCGCUUGGAGGCUUCCGAGGUGUUGUUGCUCAAAUGCUUGGUCGCUGCCGGCCAGGAGCACGUGCUUGGGAUGGAGCUGGAGUGGGCCAGCGAGAUGCGGCAGGCGGCAGGAAGCACAUUGCGGAGGGCAUUCUAUGCGCUGGCGGAUGUGGUUGAGAAGUGGAGCUUGGAUGAUACUGAGUUGGGUGGAAACGGACUUACAGAGGGGGAAAUUGGGGACGUCGAGUUUAACCAGUUGAAGAAGCUUUUGAAGACUCUGGCGGAGAUUGAGCAAUUCUAUGACUGCAUUGGAGGGAUUAUUGGAUAUCAAGCAAGAGCAUUACGGCAUCUUUCAUCAUCAAAAGUUGAUGGGAAGUACAGGAAUUCACAUCAAAACUUUUACAAUGUCCAAAGAAGUGAGCAUGCAAAUCUUCAUGUUCCUAGAGGACUAGAUCUUCUGCAAAAUACAGAGGAUGCAUAUCAAGCUGCUAUAUGGGGAAUUGAGGGUUUACCGGAAUUAGGUGAAAUCUAUCCACUUGGUGGUGCAGGGGACCGUCUUGGAUUGGUUGAUGUUGACUCAGGUGAAUGCCUUCCUGCAGCACUGCUUCCUUUUGGUGGACGAACUCUGUUGGAAGGUUUAAUUAGGGAUCUCCAGGCUAGAGAGUUCUUAUAUUUCAAGAUCUAUGGGAAACAAUGUACUACUCCUGUUGCUAUUAUGACAAGUUCGGUGAAGAACAAUCAUAAUCACAUAACUUCACUCUGUGAAAAACUCCAAUGGUUUGGCAGAAGCCAAAAGAAUUUUCAGAUUUUUGAGCAGCCUUUGGUGCCAGUUUUGACUGCUAAAAAUGGCCAGUGGUUGAUAACAAGACCACUUUCUCUGGUCUGCAAACCUGGUGGUCAUGGUGCUAUCUGGAAGCUUGCACAUGACAAAUGCAUAUUCCAGUGGUUCUAUGGUCACGGAAGAAAAGGUGCUACCAUUCGACAAGUGAGUAAUGUUGUGGCUGCCACUGACUUGACACUUCUGGCAUUGGCGGGAUUUGGUCUGCAUUAUGGCAAGAAAUUAGGUUUUGCUUCCUGUCAGAGAAAUUCAGGAGCAACAGAGGGAAUCAAUGUUCUUGUUGAGAAACAAAAUCAUGACGGGAAGUGGUCUUAUGGUAUUACAUGUAUUGAGUACACUGAGUUUGAGAAGUUUGGCAUAAUGGAAUCAUCUAUUACAUUCAACAGUUUCCAGUCUCAGUUUCCUGCAAACACAAACAUUCUUUAUAUUGAUCUGAAAGCUGCUGAAAAAGUUGGAUCAUCUCAAGGUACAAAUUGCUUGCCAGGAAUGGUAGUGAAUCUGAAGAAGCCAGUUUCAUAUUUGGAUCAUCAUGGUAUUCAGCAUAGUGCAUCAGGGGGGAGGAUUGAAUGUACAAUGCAAAAUAUUGCUGACAACUUUCUGAAUACUUAUGACUCAAGGUGCCAGGAAGAUAUUGAAUCUGUUCUGGAUACAUUUAUUGUGUAUAAUGAAAGAAGAAGGGUCACUUCGUCAGCUAAAAAGAAAAGGAAACACAUGGACAAAUCAUUGCACCAGACCCCAGAUGGAGCACUUUUAGAUGUCAUGCGAAAUGCAUAUGAUCUUCUCUCAGUUUGUGAUAUACAAAUUCCCAGGAUUAAAGACAACAGCAAGUAUAUACAUUCUGGGCCCCCGUUUCUUAUUUUUCUGCAUCCUGCUUUAGGUCCAGUUUGGCAGGUUACAAGACAGAAGUUCUAUGGUGGUUCCAUAUCUCAAGGUUCUGAGCUGCAAAUAGAGGUGGCCGAAUUUCUUUGGAGAAAUGUUCAGCUCAGUGGAAGCCUUAUAAUUAUUGCUGAAAACAUAAUGGGCUCAACAAAGAUUAAUCAAAAGGAUGAGCCAUUACUGCAAUAUGGACAAAGAUGUGGAAGGUGUAAGCUGCAGAAUGUCAAGGUUCUGAAUAAUGGAAUUGAUUGGAUGUCUUCACACAAUGUUUACUGGAAACAUGAUGUUCAAAGAAUGGAGACUUUGAAAAUCAUUCUUCAUGGAAAUGCAGAAUUUGAGGCCACUGAUGUUGUAUUGAAGGGAAGCCAUGAAUUUAUUGUCCCAGAUGGUCAUAAAAUGCGUAUCAUCCCAGAAAAUUCAGAUUCAGGUUUCCUAGUUAAAUUAGAUCCCAUUCCAGAAGAAAUGAUGGAAACAGGUAGCUGGUUCUGGAAGUAUGAAACAAGUGAGACGAAUAUCAAUUUGGAAAUGGUAGAGUUAUAGCCUGUUUGUUUUGGCUGUACAACGGGAUUCUUGAUACCUGGCGAGCGCACAAGGAUUGCAGAUACAUCAGUUCAGCCCAAGUUGAACUUCAUGUAUGUAAUUGCUAAAUAAUGCGUAUCCUAGCUCAUUUAUUUUAAAGUUAUAUUUUGUCAUAUUUUACAACAUUAAUUGUAUCGAUAAUUUCCAAUGAUUUAAUGUUCAUAUUGGUGCGAAUUCAACUGAA